UUUUUUUUUUUCGUUAUUUAAUUUUUCGCACAAAAUGUUACAACUGUGCGCAAGCCGACAAUGCUCGUCCUACUUGAGCCUCGCUGCUGCUGCGCCUGUUGUGACUGCUUGCGCCGUGUCUGUGCGCAGCAUGAGCAGCAGCAUCCUCAGCAAUCGACACAGCAACAGUGACGCGCGAUUAGGCGCCGUCCAGCAGCCACAUUAUCAACGCAGCGGCAGCAGUGUGCGCUCGUUCACUUUGCCCGCCGCCACUGCGACCGACGCUGCUUCGGCACCUUCCUCCGCUGCUGGUGCUGCUGCGGGUGGUGCUGCCACUGCUGCCGCGCCACUCUACUCGCCAUUGUCUGUCACAGGCUCCGUCACGCCAACACCGGCCACCGCAGACGCCCUCUCGCGCUGGGCGCAGUACAAGCAGACGCCCAUCUCCAUUGCGCGUUUCGCAGAGUUUGGCCGACAGCGAGACGUCGAAACCGCAGUCCGGUCGGUCGCCUUCCUGCGCAACGAGCUGCCAGUUCGCCUCGCACACAUGACCAAGGAGAUUGAGUCACUGCCGGAAAAGCUGCUGGGCCAGCAGUCGGUGGGCAGGGUGCACGGAUGGUACAUCAAGUCGUUUGAAGACUUGCUCAACUUCCCCAUUGAAGAGUCGAUUGCGACGGCCUCGAACAAGGCGGACGCAGAGCACUAUGUCAAGUCGUUCACCGAAGUCAUCCGCAACAUUCACCGCAGACACGCACCCGUCGUCACAACGAUGGCCCAAGGCAUCCUCGCACUCAAGGAGGCCUACGGCUCGGAUGCGUACGAUCGCAACAUUCAGUACUUCCUCGACCGCUUUUACAUGAGCCGUAUUGGCAUUCGUAUGCUGAUUGCCCAGCACUGCGAGGUGUUUGGCGACGACCCCGCCCUCAACCCGCCGCGCAAGGGCUGGGUUGGCGUGAUUGACGAAAAGUGCAACGUGCGCCAAAUUGCAGACGAUGCUGCGCAGAAUGCGCGCUUCCUCUGCGACCAGCACUACUUUGCAUCGCCCGAGGUCGAGGUCAUCAACCCGCGCGCCUCGCGCGCCAGCUCGGCUGCGGGCGGACCCGUUUCCGUCGCCGAAGACGUCUGCUUCCCCUACGUGCCCUCGCAUCUGUACCACAUGCUCUUUGAGCUGCUCAAGAACUCGAUGCGUGCUGUGGUAGAACACCACGGACCCGACGCCACCACGCUGCCCAAGGUGCGCGUUCGCAUCAUGAAAGGCGAGGAGGACCUCACCAUCAAAAUUUCCGACGAGGGCGGCGGCAUCCCGCGCUCGGGCAUGCCCCACCUCUUUACCUACUUUUACACGACUGCUUCGCCGCCAGAGCUUGAGGCGAACAGCUCGGCCGAUAUGAACCACGCGCCCCUGGCUGGCUUUGGCUACGGUCUGCCCUUGUCGCGACUGUAUGCACGCUACUUUGGCGGUGACCUGCACCUGAUUUCGAUGGAAGGCCAUGGCACGGAUGCCUACAUUUACCUCAAGGUUGCCGCGCACGAGGCGGGCGAGGUGCUGCCCUCGUACUCUGGUCAGCCCAUGCGCCACAAGCCGCGUCCCUCUGGCACCUCGCCAUCGUCUUCGCACGUGGCGGCUGCCAUGAACGCCCCCGGCUCUUCGUUUGGCAAUCCGGACUGGAUGCAGUCGCAAAUCAUGCGCUCGCUCUACACGUCUGCCAAAAACCGCGGCCAUGCUCCCAAGAUGCCCUGGAUGUACAUGGAUCAUAUUUACGGCGGCGGCGCCAGCACUGGGCGAUAGUUUCAACGCAUGCUAUUGCUCAUCUUUAAGGGUGUUUAUUGUUUUUCGAGAAAGUUUUGUUUGCAUGGACUGCAGUUUUUUUGCUUUGUAUUUUCUUGCUGUUGUUGGUUUUUUCAACUUGUAUAUGCUCGAUUCUUUGUUUGUUUCCCCCCCCCCUCCCCUUUGUUAAUGAUUAAACCCGUC